AUGCGACAGGAGAUCCGCCUUGUGCUUGCCGGCGACCCUGGCGUCGGUAGGUCAUCGCUGAUUAUGUCUCUUAUUAAGGAGCAUUUUAUUGAUGAUGUGCAAGCAGUUGUUCCCGAAAUUACUUUGCCGUCAGAUGCGUCGCCUGCGGGUGUCACGACCAAGAUCAUUGACACGGGCUCGGGAACGACGCAGCAAGAGCGCGUGGAAACGGAGAUGCGUCGUGCCAAUGCCAUUGUGCUUGUGUACAGCGUGAUCGACCAGGACUCUUUUGAGCGUAUCUCGUCGUACUGGCUUCCCUUCAUGCGCUCUCUCGGCAUUAACGUGCCUGUUGUGCUCGUCGGCAACAAAAUUGACUUGCGGCCUUCUGACGAUGAUGAAGACGCACUGGAAGAGGAGAUUGCGCCACUUAUGGUUGAAUUCAAAGAGUUGGAGACGUGCAUUGAAUGCAGUGCCAAGCUGUCGCUCAAUGUCGGCGAGGUGUUCUUUUAUGCACAGAAGGCCGUGCUCUACCCGACAGCGCCUUUGUAUGACUCGCGGUCGCACACCCUCAAGCCAGCAUGUGUAGAUGCACUGCGCAACAUUUUUCACCUGUGCGAUGCCGACAAAGAUGGUGUGCUCAGUGACGAAGAACUGAACAACUUUCAGUUUGUGUGUUUCGAUGCUCCGCUCCAUCUGCAAGAGCUAGAGGGUAUCAAGGAACUUGUUUCUCAGGGGCAAAAGAAUAGCAAUACGCUACAUAUCCGGGACAAUGGGCUCACGCUCGCCGGCUUCCUCUACCUGCAUACUCUUUUUGUCCAGCGCGGCCGACUCGAAACCACAUGGUCAAUUUUAUGGACGUUCGGUUAUGGGAUGGAUUUGUCCCUGUCGAAUGCGUAUGUAUAUCCACCUUUUGAUGUACCCCACGGCAUGGCUGUGGAACUUUCGCCCGCUGGCUACCAGUUCUUCACCGAGGUUUUUAAGGCUCACGACAAGGAUCAUGACGGUGCACUUAGUCCCAACGAGCUAGAGCAACUUUUCGUCACGGCACCCGGUGGCCAGCAUCCAUGGAAUGGCGCAGGAUUUCCCAACAGCACCGUCACAGACGAAGCAGGCGCCGUGACACUCCAGGGCUGGCUCGCCCAGUGGAGUAUGACGACGUUGCUUGAACCGCGCACCACCCUGGCAUACCUUGCGUAUCUCGGGUACCCGCUCUUUGCGAAUGCCAUGAAUAUCAGCUCUCCAUCGCGCUCGCCCAAUGGCGCUUCAAUGCCUCCGGUUAGCAGCGCCUCACCGUCGUCCUACGCCUGGUUUGAUGGUACUGCUGUGGGCUCUAGGCCUAUACAAGACGUCUCACCCUCGCUCACCACGUCUGCUCUCAAACUUGUGCGUCCUCGUCGCCCUGGAGACCGCAGGCGCUCCAAUACAGAGCAAUGCAGUGUAUUUUUAGCGCUUGUCCUCGGAGCGCCCGGUAGCGGCAAGUCGGCCUUGCUGCGGAAUUUGGCAGGCAAACCCUUCCAACCCAAGUACGCACCUACGCACCGACUACAGCGAGCUGUGGGUGCCAUUGAGCAUGAUGGUGCUGAACAUUAUCUUGUAAUGCAAGAGUACGGAUCGCAUAAUGAAGCGGAGGCUCUACGCAAUCCCGCCAACUUGGCGCAUGUGAGUGCAGUUGUGUUUGUCUACGAUUCUAGCGACACACAUUCGUUCUCUUACAUUUCAAAUCUGCGCCAGCAAUACCCCUAUCUGGCUCAUUUCCCUUCCCUGUUCGUUGCGACCAAAUCUGAUCUGGAUCUUGCGCGACAGAGACAUGAAGUGCAGCCGGAUAUGUACUGUCGUAAACUUGGCCUGAACGUGCCUCACCUGGGGGCUGGUCCUCUGAACGUAAGCUCCCGCUUGGGCGAGGUGGCUGAGCUUUACAGUCUCAUCUUGACGAUUGCUAUGGAUCCGCGUGGUGCUGUUCCUACACCAGGUCGGUCACUGAAGACUGUCCGCGUCCGCUGGCGCACCGGCCUGCUAGCUGUGAUGGCUCUUAGUGGAUCUACACUGCUGAUCGUAACAACUUGGCGGCUGCUCUCGCGGGGCACGAGUGGCGUGGGCCUUGGCUCCUGGGGUACUCAUGCGCCAAGCUGGAUAUCUUGGAUGUGGGGGGCCUCGUCGACUCUUCACAAUGAGCUAUAG